AUGGCUCUGCAAGGCGUUGAGCAGACGAUCCUUCGGGAUCCGGCUCUAUUCUACUGGAUUGUGUUCCCUAUCACUGUUGUUAUGAUUCUGACAGGUAUCCUCCGUCACUAUGCCACCGUCUUGAUGAACAACCCCCCGAAGCCGGCCUCGACGCUGGCCGAAUCCCGCGAACGCCUCGGACUCAUUCGCGGCGUCAACUUACGGAAUAACUCCUCCGUUCUCUCUAAGGAAUCCUUCGAGAUGCGCAAGAACUACCUCGUCUCUGCCUACCAGAGCGGUGCUUUCCUCAAGGACCCCGCUAGCCGCGGCCAGCCGCCUGCGAACCCAAUGACCGAUCCUGCUGGCAUGGAGGCCAUGAUGGGCAUGAUGAAGGGGAAUAUGAUGAUGAUGAUCCCGCAGACGCUGAUUAUGAGCUGGAUUAAUGCGUUCUUUUCAGGAUUCGUGAUCUUGAAAUUGCCUUUUCCGCUUACCAUUCGGUUCAAGUCGAUGCUGCAGUCUGGUGUUAUGACCCGGGAUUUGGAUGUCAGAUGGGUGUCCAGUCUUUCGUGGUAUUUCUUGAACUUGUUUGGACUGCAGUCGGUCUUUGGGUUUAUCUUGGGUAGUGAUAAUGCGGCCAACCACAUGGCUUCGCAAAUGGCGUCGAUGAACCCUGCUGCUGGGAUUAACCCGUUCCAGCCCGGCCAGGAUCCCGAUAAGUUGUACCAGAGUGAGGCUGAGAAUUUGGAGGUCAUUGAGCACUUUUGCAUCCUGGAUGGCGUUGAGGAGAGAGUUCUGGCUCAUUACGCGGGCAGGAAAAGCUAUUAG